AAAGGCAGGUGAUGAUUUGAAUUUACCCCUCAAAGUCAAAGCACGACUGUCAGAAUGGCGACUCUUUAGACUUUUAUUGUGAUAAACCUGAAAGGAAGCAGUUUGUGAAUUGUAUCUGUCUUGACUCUUCGAGAAGGCGGAGGUGGUAGCAGAUCGUCCACUCACUCAUUGUUAGCAACUCGAAAAGCCUGAACGUCGAUUUUUCCACACAAAAUUCAGUGUUUCUGCUCAUUGUUGUCCAUCAGGCAGCCGAGGGAAGAGCGUGAGCCGCAACAUCUUUAAAGGACCACCACAGCAUCCUGAAGGUGAUGGAGCUCUUCUGACACGCUGCUGCUGCAGCCCCACGUUUCCAUGGCGAUGGAUGUGCCCCGCUUCCACCAUGGCCGUGGUGCAUCACGCUGCCCAGCCCACACUGUUCCUCUGUGAGCCAAAGAGGAGGCUUGUGAACACUCCUUUUUGCUGAAUCCCACAUUGAGCCGUCCUUCUGUUUGGCACGGGUCGGCGAUGGAUCUCCUGUGGGUUCUGUCGGUGUCCAUGCUGACGGCAUGCGUUGCCAUCCCCAUGGAUGCUGCAGCAGGGAGCCACAGUCUGUUCACCUGCGAGCCCAUCACCCUGCGCAUGUGCCAGGGUUUGCCUUACAAUGCCACCUUCAUGCCCAACGUGCUGAACCAUUAUGACCAGCAAACCGCCGCGCUCGCCAUGGAGCCGUUCCAUCCUAUGGUCAACUUGCAUUGCUCUCCAGAGCUCAGGAUGUUUCUGUGCGCGCUCUACGCCCCCGUGUGCACCGAGUAUGGCCGGAUGACUCUGCCGUGCCGCCGCCUCUGUCUACAGGCCAAGAGCGACUGCUACAAACUAAUGGACAUGUUUGGUGUCAGUUGGCCAGAGGAGAUGGAAUGCAACAGGUUCCCAGACUGUGACGAGUCCUACCCUCGCCCUGUAGACCUCCAGUCUCACUCUGAGCCAACCGAAUCACCCGUAUCGAUCCAGCGAGACUACGGCUUCUGGUGUCCGCGCGAACUCAAAAUCAGCCCCGAGCUUGGCUACUCCUUCAUGGGAGUUCGUGACUGCUCCCCCCCAUGUCCCAACAUGUACUUCACACGUGAGGAGCUGACAUUCGCCCGGUACUUCGUCGGGGUUGUGUCCAUCGUCUGUCUGUCCGCCACCCUCUUCACCUUUUUAACAUUCCUCAUCGAUGUGUCGCGCUUCCGCUAUCCAGAGCGCCCGAUCAUAUUCUACGCUGUGUGCUACAUGAUGGUGUCCCUGGUGUUCUUUUUGGGCUUCUUUUUGGAGGAUCGAGUUUCUUGUAAUGCAGCAAGUCCCGCAAGGUUUCAGGCUUCAACGGUGACACAAGGCUCCCAUAAUAAGGCUUGCACUCUUCUCUUCAUGGUGCUGUAUUUCUUCACCAUCGCCGGCAGUGUCUGGUGGGUCAUACUGACCAUCACCUGGUUCCUCGCGGCUGUUCCUAAAUGGGGCAGCGAGGCCAUCGAGAAGAAAGCCCUCCUCUUCCACGCCUGUGCCUGGGGCGUCCCGGGAAUCCUCACCGUCACUCUGCUCGCCAUGAACAAGAUCGAGGGUGACGGCGUCAGUGGCGUUUGCUUUGUGGGACUCUACAACCUGACGGCGCUGCGUUGGUUCCUGCUCGCACCGCUGGGACUGGAUGUAGUGGUGGGUGUGGCACUGCUGCUGGCAGGCAUUGCGGCAUUGAACCGCGUCCGCAUGGAGAUUCCACUGGAGAAGGAGAACCAGGAGAAGCUGGUGAAGUUCAUGAUUCGUAUCGGCAUCUUCUCCGUGCUCUACCUCGUCCCCCUGCUGACGGUGCUGGCCUGUUAUCUGUACGAGAACAACUACAGAACUGUGUGGGAGACCACCUGGGUGCACGAGAGGUGCAAAGAGUACCACAUCCCCUGUCCGUACCAGGUGGAGCGAACCAGUCGUCCUGACCUCGUCUUGUUCCUGAUCAAGUACCUGAUGAUGCUGAUCGUAGGGAUCCCCUCAGUUUUCUGGGUCGGUAGUAAGAAGACCUGUUUCGAGUGGGCCAGCUUCUUCCACGGGAAGCGGCGAAAAGACGGGGCGGUUAACGAGAGCAGGCAGGUGCUGCAGGAGCCAGACUUUACCCACCUGCUCCUUAGGGAUCCCAACACGCCCAUCGUGAGGAAAUCACGCGGCACCUCCACCCAGGGAACGUCCACCCACGCCUCCUCCACUCACCUGGCCAUGCUGGACGAGCCGCCCAGUGCCAGCACCAGCCGGGCCGGCUCAGUGCGCAGCGCCCGCUCCAAGCUGAGCAGCUACCACGGCAGUUUGCACCGUAACCGAGACGGAAGAUUCGCGGCCUGUAGCUUCCGAGCGGCAGAAGACCGGCAGCCUUACGGAAGUCUGCCCCGUCUGAACGACCUAUCACAGGCCAGACACUGCAGCGCCAACCGGCUGGACAGCCAAUCGCGGCACGGCUCCACCCACAGGCUGGACAGCCAAUCGCGGCACAGCAGCGUGAGGGACCUCAGCAGCACCGCCCACGUUGCCCCUGGAAACGGGAUCCACAACAACCAAGUGCAGGAGACCGGAAGAGGCCCGUAAUGAAUCGGAAGUCUUUCAUCCACAAUAAAAGUUUGGUGCGACGCCUUAAAACAAAAACUGAAGGAUGAAACGUUACGUUUGGACCUACGCUGCUGACGCGUUUACAUAAAAAUCUAACUUACGGAUAUUUUCUUCCGCUGGACGUGUUUUUGGAUGAAAAUCCAGGCAUUAUGAGCCUUUUUUCAUGUCAGUGUUUUAACACUCAGGUUUUUUUUUUUUUGUAGUGUUGCAUUUUUCAGAAUAAGAGUCAUUUGUCUGCUGUGAAGUUAAAUCUUUUCAAUACAGAUGUUCGGCAAGAGCACAAAAACUGUACAUUUCUUACAUUUACAGAACUGCUUAUAUUGAGGUACUUCACUGUAUUUAUGCCGUUAAAAAUGUUUUUGUCUGUUAGAAUCAAAGAUCUGAACCAAGAAAAA